AUAUUUAUAUCCUUUAGAUAACAAAUAUGAAGUUGGUGACGCACAUCCAAUGCAUGGAGUAAACGUUAGAUUUGCUCGUGAAGGAGAAUUUCCUUUUGUUGUAUCCAUUACAAAUACGAUCCAGAACAACCAACGACCAGAAGCUAAUCAUGUUUGCACAGGAACUCUUGUUUCAAAAAGAGAUGUUGUAACGGCUGAUCAUUGUGUUUCAACUUUUACUGAUCAAACAAUCACAAUUAUAGCUGGAAGUCAUGACAUAAGGCACGGAACAAGAUAUGGUGUACUUUGGUGGUUAUCUUACAAUCAAUUUAGUACAAUUCAACAUUCAAUACCUGUAUAUGAACAUAAUGAUAUAACGAUGAUAAGGUUGAAUCAAACAGUCCCGGAUAAUAUUGUACCACCACCCAUAUCAUAUGUGGCAAAACACGUUAUGUUACGAUCAACACUUCAAACGGCUGGAUUUGGCGUUACAAGUAAUCUGCUGAUGGCUGGUUUGAUGGAAACCGCCAAGUUGAAAAUCAUACCAAAAGAGCAAUGUGAACAGAGGUUAUCUGACCUCUUAAAUGCUGCUGUUGUAUUAGAUGACAAUAAAUUUUGCGCUGUAGCAGAUCCAUUUGUACUGUUGGACAAUAAAAACAGUGGUUCACCUGUUUUAUAUAGAGGCCAACUGCUAGGACUUCACAUUGAAACGUAUCCUUCACAUUUAAAUAUUUAUGAUCCAAGAAGAGUGAAUAUUUUAAUUAGUGUUCCUUAUUAUAGAAGAUUUGUUGAAGCAGUUAUUAAAAAUUAUUAA